AUGGACCAGAAAAUGCGCUGCAAUAUGCCACUAGAACCAGUGUCCGUCACCUUGGACGACUUCUACAAAGCCCAUAUGGAGACCAGGGGCGAAGAGCCCGAGAUCGGUCCUCUGGUCCCAGUCCAGUCCGACCAUCGUCUGGCCAUGUUUGGCUAUAGCGUGGAGCACAUCAACCUGCUUCUCGUUCCGAUGGUGAAGAACAAGAAAGAGCCCCUAGGUUCGAUGGGUAACGAUGCUCCCCUUGCCUGCCUGUCUCAGCGUAAUCCACUGGUCUUUGAGUACUUCAAGCAACUCUUUGCCCAGGUCACCAACCCACCCAUUGACCCCAUCAGGGAAAGCAUUGUCAUGUCACUGGCAUGUCCCAUCGGCCCUGAAGACAACAUCCUAGAGCCAAGUGAGAAGCAGUGCAACCGUCUGUUCUUGGAUGCUCCGAUCUUGACCCUGCAUGAUCUUGAGAUCAUCAAAGACACGUCUCUCCGUACAUGGAAGACCAAGACCAUUGAUACCACAUUCCCAGUAGAAGCCGGAUUUGCAGGACUUGUUCCAGCCAUAGACCGGAUCUGUGCCGAGUGUUCUGAAGCAGCAGACCAGGGCUACACUCUGUUGGUCUUGUCUGACAGAGCUGCCGGUCCAGAAAGAGUGCCACUCUCUGCUAUCCUUGGGAGCAACCCACCACCACCUGAUCAAGACCAGACAACGUCUUCACGUCGGUCUCAUCGUCGAGACCGGGGAGGCCCGUGA